GCUUUGUGACAGCUGGCAGCCCAAGUUUCAAAAGAUGAAACGAUUCAAAGAGUACUUUCCUCGUUGUGAAGCGUUUCAGGACAUCCCCGCGGGUGGUGAUAAGCAUUAGAGAAAUGCAAGUUGUUUUUAUCAGAGCAGAUUUGUGGAGACAUUGUUUUCUCCCCCCAGUUACAGGAACUUCCUGUUCAAAUUACAGACUGAACACUGGCAGCGGAAGUACUUUAAACUGUGGAACGAACAUAUUAGGAUAGCAUAACAUCUUUCAUUGCACGUCGUUGGAGCGUCACAUGCUGGAAAGUCUUCAAACAGCUGAAAAAAAAACCAUUUGUAUUCACCAGAAACAAAAUGAUGUAACAACAGGAAGAGGUGCAUUUGUUUCUAGAAAGAGACAGGGACUAUUUGCCUUUUGAUCAAGAACAAGUCUAUAGUCAGUGAUCGCUGUACCUAGUUCACGUCUAUUGGAACUUUGGUAUCAAUUAAAUCCUAAAUUAAAAACUAAAAGAACUGCAAAUGCUGUAACUCAGAAACAAAAACAGAAAUUGCUGGAAAAGCUCAGCAAGUCUGGCAGCGUCUGUGGAGAGAAAUCAGAGUUAACAUUUUGGUUUGAGUGACCCUUCCUCAGAACUCAACUUGCUGAACUGGCUUGCUGUACCUGAUGCUGCAGGACUCUAUCAUGCAAAAGGUGUGUGACACUGCAGAGUCAUUGAGAAUUUCCAGAUUUGUCAUCGUGGAUUUUUUAAAAAGAAAUCUACAGCUGGACUAUAAAAGCGUAUUGCUGGUUGGAAAUCUUUAUAAUUUCUCCUUCAAGCUUGACUUGUUCUCUUCAUCUGUGACUCUGUUUGUCUACACUCGUCUGAAAGCAAACUUGAUACGCUUUUGAAAGAAAAUCCUGGAUUUACAAACCAUUUUCAAUGGCACAAGAGCUCAAUGGAUUUGCGUGCAAUGGUCUGCCUUCUUCACCCGAUGAAAAUGAAUUGCCUUCUGGCUUUCCACAAAAUAUUUGUGAUGACGUACCAGAGGAAAAGUACUUGUGCAGCUUUUGUAAAAACAUCUUGAGGAAAGCCUGCCAAACGUUGUGUGGACAUCGUUACUGCUGGGCAUGUGUCGAGUGGAUUGUCAAAUACAAUAAAACUCCAAUCUGUCAAAAAUGUAAGGAAGAUGAAUCUCCAAGUAUAAAUGAAGAUAGUAUUUUGGCCUUGGCAAAGAUUUUCAGUGAUGCUGCAGUUUCUAAAGAGAUUUUAGAUUUGAAAGUACAUUGUAUCAAUCCUGGAUGUACCUGGAAAAACAUAUUGAAAAACUAUGAGGAUCACAUAACACAGUGCGAAUUUUCCCUGAUUCCUUGUAGUACAGGUUGUGGUUCGAUGAUUUUAAGGAGAAAGCUAGCAGAUCAUUUGGAAAAAGAGUGUAAAAACAAUAUGACAGAAUGUCAACGAUGUGGUGUAAAGAUGUUUCUGAAAGAUUUGCAGAUGCACGCCUGUGAGGAAGUUUCUACUAAUGAGAAGAAAACAUUGAAGGUUGAAUCAGCCAGUAAAGAAAAGUUUCGGCCUCCUGGAGGAAACCGUACCCGUGAUAGCUGUCGUUUUGCAGAAUUGGGAUGCAAUUUCAAGGGCGGCAAAGAGCGUCUCAAAGAUCACGAAAACUCUUCAGUUGUUGUACAUCUUGCAUUAGUAUUUCAAUUUGUCAAUACUUUGAAAACCAGCCCUCUGCAGAAUUCCAGCAUUGCUAAUGGUCGCAGUGAUCAUUCAUCAGUGAUUCCUCUCCCAUCAAUGAUUGCUGAACUACAGUUCAAAAUCCAACAGUUAGAGAAGAAUGUGCUGUCUUUGACCUCUGAAGAGUCUUUAGCUUCCUUGUGCACCCAGAUUGCUGUAGAAUCAGAUGGUGACUUAGAAACUGACCAUUUUGAAGGACCUUCCUGUUCUAGUGAGUCUUCAGAUUUGCAGACAAUCCCGUAUUCUGGUCAGACAUUGACAGAGUGUCGAAAUAAAGUUGAUACACUUGAACGGAAAAUUCAGACAUUUGAAAACAUUGUGACUGUUUUGAACAGAGAAGUAGAAAAAACCCAAACUACUAUGGAUGCAUUUGAGAGACAAAGCAAGAUUGACCAGGAUGCCAUCAGAGCCUUGGAGCGAAAGGUUUCUGAUCAACAGCAUCUCCUUGCUUUGAAAGACGUGAUUAUCAAUGAAUUCCGUUUGCAAAUGCUUGCUUUGGAACAAACCUCUUAUGAGGGAAUAUUGAUGUGGAAAAUUACUGAUGUCAGUAGAAAACGCCAGGAAGCCAUUUCAGGCAAAAUAACCAACCUCUCCUCUCCAGCAUUCUACACCAGCAAAUAUGGGUAUAAGGUGUGUAUGAGAAUUUAUUUAAAUGGAGAUGGAACAGGCAGAGGAACUCACAUCUCUUUGUUCUUUGUUGUCAUGAGGGGAGAAUAUGAUGCUCUGCUCCAUUGGCCAUUUAAACAAAAGGUCACUUUCAUGCUUCUGGACCAGAAUAACCGGGAACAUGUAAUUGAUGCCUUUCGUCCAGAUGUUAGUUCCUCCUCAUUUCAAAGACCAGUAAAGGAGAUGAAUAUAGCAAGUGGCUGUCCACUGUUUUUCCCACUGACCAAACUUGACUAUCCCAAACAGACCUAUGUGAAGGAUGACACCUUGUUCAUUAAAUGUAUUAUAGAUGCUACUACUUAAUUGGAAGGAGGGCUGGAACCUUUGAAAAGGAAAUUGCAAUAUUUCUACAUUAUUUUGUGCUCCUGGAAAAUAAGGCACACAUUCUGUUCACAGAAAACAGUAGCAAAUACAGCAAAAUCUUCCUUUUUCUAAUAUAGCAGUGUCACCUCUCGUUAUUUCAGAAGUACUUUUUGUUAAUAGUACUGCCAAAUGUGUAAAUAUUUCUUUAAGCUUUAGAGACCAGCAAUCAAGAUAAUUGGAUUUCCAAAUCCUACUACAGGGGCUCUAUGAUCUGUUCUGUUCUGUGGUCUACAUCUGUAACUGUGCCUUUUCAGCAAUGCUAAAUACGGAAACAUUUUUUAAUGUCACAAAUUCUUGCUACUGUUUGCUUGAAGAUAAAAACCAUUAUAAUCAUAGAAUCCCUAUGGCCGGUCGAGUGUACAUUGACCCUACCCUGUGAAGAGCAUCCCACCCCUACCCUACCCCUGUAACCCUGCACCCUCCAUGGCUAAUCCACCUACCUACACAUCCCUCAAAACUAUGGGCAGUUUAGCAUGGCCAGUCCACCUAAUCUGCACAUCUUUUGGACUAAGGGAGCAAACCAGAGCACCCUGAGAAAAUCCAGCCUCAGACACGGGGAGAACAUCUGUGUGGCGUUUGCACAGUCACCUGAAGAUGGAAUCAAACCCAGGUCCCUGGUGCUGUGAGGCAGCAGUCCUAACCACUGAGCCACUGUACUGCCCCGUGAUUGGCAUCAGAAAGGCAUUCAUUACUUUGCCCUCAUUGCUGAUAGUUGUUUGUGCCAUUGUAAUUUGUCCAUCUGUCAGCCUACAUUCUCUACAACUAUGCUUGGUUUAUCUCAGUUGACCGAGAUUACUAGCACAAAUUUGGAGAAAAGCUAAAGGAUCUAAAUAUCGUUACAGAAAGGACAUUUGAAAGAAAUGUCAGUUUUUAUGCGGAAAUAAAAUAAGGGUAAGUUUAAAAUGAAUGGCAAUUACAGAAAGUAUUUAUCUAGUUAAUUUUCAAUGCUAUUUUCAUUGCCACCCAUUAAUGUGACUAAUAGUUAUCAAUCUGUGUGUGUAGUUCAAAGAAAAUUUGUUUUUUUUUAUUGCUUUUCACACAAAAGAUACUGUCAACUUCAAUUAACUGACAGAAUAUUUCACUAAUUUGGUAUGGGCAUUGAUGCAGACAACUUUACAGUGCAACACAUUAUUUCUAAUUUAAUUUCCUGGUUAAGGGAAAUUUUAAAAUAAAUGUGGAAAGUAACAUAGUAAAGAUCCAAAGGACAAAAGAAAUAGCAACAAAAACGACAUCUGACCCGUAAAACCUGCGCAUCCUGUCACUAAGACCUUGACUGAUCUUCGAAUUCAAUUUUAUUUUACUUUCCUAUCUUAACCUCCUAUCUCUUACCUACCUUCAUGUCCACAAAGUAGUCAAACUCAGUCUUGAAUAUACUCAACUACGGACCAUCUGUUGCUCUGUGAGAAUUCCCUAAUUUUCUCAGUGAACAAUGCCUCCUUUCCUCUGUCUGAAAUGCCAUAACCAUUAUGGCCCAGCAGUGACUCUAGUUUUAGACUUUCCAGCCAGGAAAUAGCCUCCCAGUUGUUUUAGAAUUUUAAUACAUUUCAAUUGAUUCACCUUUCAUUCUCAAGUCCAGAAAAUGUAGGACCAUCCUGCUCCAUUUAACUGACUUGUCUCUGGAGUCAAUCUAGUAAACCUUUAUUGCAGUCUCCCUUUGUAUGAAUAGAUGCUUCCAUGGAUAAAGGAAGCAUUUGAUGAUCAAUGUUAACUUGAAAUAUCACUAUGGCAUACUGUGCACAAAUCAUAAUCUUAUUGUGCAAGAUUAAAGUGCAUGGGAUUGAGGCAAGUGUGUUGAGAUGGAAAGAAAACUGUUUUGCAGAGAAGAAACAGAGUUGGAAUUAAUGGGUCCUUUUCAAAUUGGCAGGCACUAAAAAGUGGGGUGCCACAGGAAUCAGUGCUAGAACCACAGCUGUUCACAAUAUGUAUUAUGAUUUGGAUACGGAAACAAAUGUUACAUCUCAAAGUUUGCAGAUGACACCAAGUUGGGUGGGAGGGUGAUCUGUGACGAGUACACAGAGAUUCUUCAGCAUGAUCUUGACAUAUUGGGCGAGUGGGCAAAUUAAUGGCAGAUGCAGUAUAAUCAGGAUAAAUGUGAGAUUAUUCACUUUGGAAGCAAAAACAAGCAUAGCUGUAAGUUGGGAGAGGGGAGUGUGCAGUGAGACCUGGAUGUCCUUGCACAGCAGCUGCUGAACGUAAGCAUGCAGGUACAAAAGAAGGCAAAUGAUUUAUUAGCUUUCAUUGUGAGAAGUUUUGAGUACAGGAGCAGGGACGUAUUGUUGCAGUUGUACAGGGCCUUGGUGAGACUACUCCUGGAAUAUUGUGUGCAGUUUUCAUCUCCUUUUCUGAGGAAGGAUGCUCAUACUCUUGAGGGAGUGCAGCGAAGAUUUAGCAGGUUGAUUCCGGGGAUGGCGGGACUGACGUAGGAGGAGAUAUUUGACUAAAUUAGGAUUGUUUUCGCUGGAGUUUGGUGAAUGAAGGGGGAUCUCAUAGAGACUUAUAAAAUUUUAACAGGAGUGGACAGGGUUGAUGCGAUGUUCCCUAUGGUGGGUGUGACCAGACCCUCUUCACCCAAAGAGUGGUGAGCCCGUGGAAUUCAUUACCCCAGGAAGUAGUUGAUGCCAAAACAUUGAAUAUAUUCAAGAGGCAACUAGAUAAUAGCACAUGGGGCAAAUGGGAUGAAAGAUUAUAGGGGGAAAGCAGGAUUAGGCUAUUGGGUUGGAUGAUCAGCCAUGAUCAUGAUGAAUGGCUGAACAGACCCAAAGGGCCAAGCAGCUGCCUCCUGCACCUCUAUGUUUCAAAGUGAAAAUCUUUGAAUGGGUCUCUUCCGUUAAAUGAGUUAGGUUCUUUUCAAUAUUUGAAAAUGAUCCAGUUUUUGAAAUUGUUUCUCUGUGCUCUCAUUUCUCCCAUUUCUCCUCCGUCACAAUCUGUUACCAUUUUCACCAUUGAUUUUAUCAUUUGCUUUCUAUGUAACACUAGUAUUAAUUAUGAAUCAACUGUUGAUGUACAUUUUUUAAUAUACAGGAUACUAAUCGAAUGGGAUUGAUUUCAGAAGCUUGAUAAACAUAAUGAUCAGAGUUUAGAACAACAUUUUGACUGCUGACAAUGUAAUUUUCUGUGUUAAUUGUUGAUAACGCUUGAUCACUAAUUGUGGUGGCAGUGUUUCAGAUUUAUGAUUUAGGAAAUUUUGUGUAGGUGUAAUUUUGUUACUAUAUUAUUUAACAUUAAUUUAAGCUUUUUUUUGUUCCUUGAUGUAUCUUUUGAUUUCAUUUAAGCUAGAUGUUUAUAUUAGAAUAAAUUUUCAUUAGCGUAAUGAACUUGCAAUUCUGUAGUGCCUUGUUAAAAAUUUGUUAGGAACAGUAUUUUCAUGAGAUUUGUUGCAGAAAGUAUGGUUGGACUAACCAGUUCUAGCUACCGAACAGGACUUUAUGAGUCAAUAUUAAUUGUCUUUUUAAGGCAAACAAACUAAUAUAAUUAGCUUACUUAACAGCACUGUGAGAAAGAAAUGAGCACUGGAGCAGAUUAAAACAACUAAAAAUAUCCAAAGAUCUAACUUAUUCUUAAGCCAUUAAUUCAGUUCAGAUUGAGUUUUCAAAUUUUUGUUUAGUCCUGGCUGCCGCUACCUCCACGAGGUGCAGGAUGGGCAAUGUACUGAAUCUAAAUGUGUAAUUUACAUAGAAACAGAAGUAGGCCAUUUAACUUGUUAGUCUAUUCUACCAUCCAUUUAGAUCUUACAUGAUCUGUACCUCAACUCCAGUUACCAGUCUGAUUGUGUGACAAGAUACAGCUUAUUAUAAACCUAACAUUUCUUUGCAUUGAAAGCACUGCAGCAAGAAACCAUCCAAUCAAGUCAGAUUGCUAGUCAUCAAUAUUGUGUGGUUUCUAUAAAACAUAGCACCUUGAGAUUCAGUAUAGCGAACAGCGGUAACAUAUACACAUGCUUGCUUUCCACCCAGCAGAAUAAAGCUAACUGUACCUCUUCUUGAUAUUUAGCUUGUGCAUGAAUGAGUUGCUUCUGACUCCUUCUGGACAUGACUGACUCCUUAGCUAAACUAAAGCCAAAUUUUAAAAAAUAAUUAGAAACUGGAGAGUAUAUAAAUAAUCUUAUAAAAAUUGUGAAGAAUGUCAUGACACUUUAGAUGCAGAACAUUAUCUAGUAUUUACAAAUGCAAGGUCUUUGAAAACAAUGUUUGUGACUGCCCCUCCUCCUUUCAUGUGUUAUGAAUUUGCUUACACAACACUAGUUGCUGGUUUCCUAAAUAAAAUUCUAUAAGUAACUGAAACAGAUCAUUUGGAAUUGAAAGGACCAAAAUUUAUAUGGAAGUUGUAUUGCAAGAAAAUUUGAGUGCGCUGUUGUUUGAAAUAUAAUUCAGUGACUUGGUUGAUAUUGAGAUGCUUGAUUUUCACUACUCCACAGAAAUUGCAUUAGAAAUUUAGAAGAUUAUUUACUUAGAGCUAUUUAAGUCAUUAUGGGUGCAUUUUAUUAUCAGGUAGCAUGAAAUAAUGUAUUUUUUAAAUUAAGAUACGAAAAAUGUUGCAUGUAGAAGUAGUUGCUCCUGAAUCCUCAGAGUUUAGAGUCUGUUCAACGCUUUCCUUGUAGAGUGAUGGAGGCAGAUCCAUUGAAUAUGUUUAAGGUGGAAAUAGACAGGUUUAUUAAUCAGAAAAAGAGUCAAAGUAACCUGGUACGUUUGAAUCUUCAGGCAUUUGCACAAUUGAAUAUGCAUCAGUACCUCUCCAACAUGGACAUAAAUGGAAUAGUGUAGGUUGGUUGGGCUUCAGAUCGGUAUGACAGGUCGGCACAACAUCGAGAGCCAAAGGGCCUGUACUGUGUUGUAAUGUUCUAUGUAACAAACUUGUUGUCAUAUGAUUCAUAGUGUGGAAGUGUCGGAAACCUAAGAAAGUACUAGCUAACUACAGGAACUUCUCAUAAUAAGCCUCACGUAAUAUAGAACCUACCUGGAGUUUAUUUACACCUUGAGUUGGCCAAAAGUAUGAAAGUCUUAUAUCCAAGCUGAAAAAUCAGACUUUGCUGAUGGAGAAGCUAGGUAUCCAAUAACCUCUUCAUGCCUCACAGUCUGGCCAUAACCAGCUUAGUCUACACAAGGGUGUAAAUGUAGUAGAGACAUCUGUCUUGAGCAUCAGGGUUCUUUAUGACAAAUUCCUGUAGUUAGUUAAAACCUUAUUGAUGAUGAAUACAAGUUAAACUUUGUUGCAAACAUACUUAUAGAGGGACCUCUAGUGUGCACUUAAGGAAUUGCACACGAUUUCCACAUAUGUUCUAACAGUCGCAAAAUAUAUUCCUUAGUGCAUUUGAACAUUAGACUACAUACUUUUCUAAAAGGAAAUAUGUGAAGUGAUUUUUUUUCAACCACUGUGGAUGGGGGCAAAUGCUCAACAUCCAUACCAACUUCAUUUUAUGCUAAUAAAAUUAGUUUUUGAAUUCCCACUUGA